AUGAAAACAUCACUGCUUCUUAUUUCGGGUCUUGUGAGUUCUGCGCUCGGUAAUGUAGUUUCGAGCCAGACAUUUUUGCCAAGCAAGAACCGGGGUCUGCUCUCUCAGCUGUAUGGGGAAGUAAUGGAAGCUCACGACGGACUUGACGACUUCCAGUCGCAACAUAUUGCCAGCUUCGAGUUGGACGAUAGCGAAGAUCCAGAGUUCCAAGCGAUGUGCGGUUUCUACGAGCAAAGCCCAGCCAAAUAUCCUGACGACGAUCUAAGUUCGGAUCUUCAGUUGUUCUCUGGAAUCGUAAGCUUUGCGCACGUUCCAAUGGCCAGGUGUUUCGAGCAACGCAGCUCAAAGAAAGCGCCAAAAUACGACAUCGCCAUCGUGGGGGCUCCUUUUGAUACCUCCGUCUCGUACCGCCCCGGUGCGAGAUUUGGACCCAACAGUCUCAGACAGGGCUCAAGAAGGUUGGGAGGAGGGUACUUGCCCGUAAGGGGGUUCCCGGGAUCUAAGCUUCGCCAACUGGACCCUUACAAUGCAGGAUACAAGAUCGUGGAUUGUGGCGACGUUCCAAUGACCCCUUUUGACAACAGAAUUGCAUUAAAUCAAUUGUACAGAGGGCAGAGGGCUAUCUACAACAAGACUACUGUAAAGGAUGGGCUGAAAGUACCCAAAGUUAUCACACUGGGCGGCGACCACACUGUUACACUAAUGGCGCUAAGAGCGGCAUACGAACAUAAUGGGCCCGUGGCCGUUAUCCAUUUCGAUUCGCACAUUGACACAUGGGACCCCAGAGUCCUUGGUGGGGGCAUCACGAAGACUCAAAGCAUAAACCACGGUACAUUUUUGCAUUUCGCCCACGAAUGGGGUUACCUUGCCGCCGAAAAGUCCAUGCAUGUUGGUAUUAGAGCACCCUUCAUUAUGAAGUCAGAUGAAAAACACGACCAAGACUGUGGGUUUGAAAAGAUUGUUGCUCGGGAUUUCGAUAUUUUAGGUUUUAAAGAAAUCGUCAAGAAGAUCAAAGAACGUGUAGCAGACCUCCCAGUAUACAUCACUGUCGACAUUGAUGUCUUGGACAUCGCGGUGGCGCCCGGUACUGGAACACCAGAACCAGGUGGAUUAACCUCGAGGGAGUUGCUCACAGUCCUCGAUGGAUUGGAAGGUUUGAAUGUUAUUGGUGCAGACGUAGUUGAAGUAUCCCCUGCGUUCGACUCGAACGGCGAAAUCACUUCAAUAGUAGCCGCACAAGUUGUAGAUUCGUUUUUGGGUCUCAUGACAGUGAACUGA